CUUCACGUUUUAAUGAUCUUCUGGUCAUUUGUGGCCGGUGUCGUCACCUUCUACUGUUCGUUGGGACCGGACUCCCUCUUGCCCAAUAUUCUUUUUACAAUAAAAUAUAAACCCAAGCAAUUAGAAUUGCCGGAGCUAUUUCCCCAUGGUCACAGUUGUGCUGUAUGUGGCAAGGUCAAAUGCAAGCGGCACAGACCUACUUUGCUUCUGGAAAAUUAUCAGCCAUGGCUGGAUCUGAAAGUGCCUUCCAAGGUUGAUGCAUCACUCUCAGAGGUGCUUGAGUUGGUGCUGGAAAACUUUAUUUAUCCAUGGUACAGAAACAUUACUGAUGAUGAAUCCUCAGUGGAUGAACUGAGAGGCACACUGCGGUUUUUUGCGUCUGUAUUAGUUCGGAGAAUUCACAAGGUGGAUAUUCCAACUGUUGUAACAAAGAAAAUGCUCAAGGCAGCAAUGAAACACAUCGAAGUGAUAGCCAAGGCCAGACAGAAAGUAAAAAAUGCAGAAUUUUUACAGCAAGCUGCUUUAGAAGAAUAUGGACCAGAACUCCAUGUUGCUUUGAGAAGCCGAAGAGAUGAACUUCACUACUUAAGAAAACUUACCGAACUUCUUUUUCCUUAUAUUUUGCCCCCAAAGUCAACAGAGUGCAGAUCCCUGGCUCUUCUGAUAAGAGAGAUUCUGCCUGGUUCUGUUUUCCUUCCCUCAAUGGAUUUCUUAGCUGAUCCUGACACUGUCAACCAUUUGCUGCUGAUCUUCAUUGAUGAUAGUCCACCUGAGAAAGCAACUGAACCUACUUCUUCAUUGGUUCCAUUUCUUCAGAAAUUUGCAGAGCCAAGAAAUAAAAAACCAUCUGUCCUGAAACUGGAGCUAAAGGAGAUCAGAGAUCAGCAAGACCUUUUAUUUCGGUUUAUGAACUUCCUGAAACAGGAAGGGGCAGUCCAUGUGCUGCAGUUCUGCCUGACUGUAGAGGAAUUCAAUGACCGAAUUUUGCGACCAGAACUGUCAGAUACUGAAAAGAUGUCUCUUCAUGAGGAAGUACAGAAAAUUUAUAAAACUUAUUGUUUGGAUGAAAGCAUUGACAAAAUUAGAUUUGACCCUUUUAUUGUGGAAGAGAUUCAAAGAAUUGCUGAAGGUCCAUAUAUGGAUGUUGUGAAACUUCAAACUAUGAGGUGUCUUUUUGAAGCUUAUGAGCAUGUACUUUCUCUACUUGAGAACGUUUUUACUCCUAUGUUCUGUCACAGUGAUGAGUACUUCAGACACCUUUUAAAAGGAGCAGAGUCACCAACACGCAAUUCAAAGUUUAACAGAAGUAGCCUGAGUUUGGAUGACUUCCGGACCACGCAGAAGAGAGGAGAAUCAUUUGGAAUCAGCAGAAUAGGCAACAAAAUAAAAGGUGUAUUCAAGAGUUCUGCGAUGGAAGGAGCUAUGUUGCCGAACUAUAACUUAAAUGAAGGAGAAGAUGACUUUAUUGAAGAAGGUGUUAUGGUGAUGGAAGAUGAUUCUCCUGAGGAGGCUGUUAGUACCCCAAAUACACCCCGUAACCUUGCUGCAUGGAAAAUUAGCAUCCCAUAUGUAGAUUUUUUUGACGAUCCCUCAUUGGAAAGAAAAGACAGAAAGGAGAGAAUUCCCGUGUUCUGCAUUGAUGUAGAGAGAAAUGAUAGAAGGGCAGUUGGGCAUGAACCUGAACACUGGUCUGUCUACAGGAGGUAUCUUGAAUUUUAUGUGCUUGAGUCGAAGCUGACGGAGUUUCACGGUACGUUUCCUGAUGCUCAGCUUCCCUCAAAGAGAAUCAUUGGCCCCAAGAACUACGAGUUCUUAAAAUCCAAGAGAGAGGAGUUUCAGGAAUAUCUGCAGAAACUUCUGCAACAUCCAGAACUAAGUAACAGCCAGCUUUUAGCUGACUUCCUGUCCCCUAAUGGAGGAGAGACUCAGUUUCUUGAUAAAAUGUUGCCUGAUGUGAAUCUUGGUAAAAUUAUAAAAUCUGUUCCAGGAAAGCUGAUGAAAGAGAAAGGUCAGCAUUUGGAGCCAUUCAUCAUGAAUUUUAUCAACUCCUGUGAAUCUCCCAAGCCUAAACCAAGUAGGCCUGAACUUACCAUUUUGAGUCCCACUUCUGAAAACAACAAGAAGCUUUUCAAUGAUUUAUUCAAGAAUAAUGCAAACCGGUCUGAGAAUACAGAAAGACGACAAAAUCAGAACUACUUCAUGGAAAUGAUGACUGUAGAAGGAGUGUAUGACUACUUAAUGUAUGUUGGUCGAGUAGUUUUCCGCAUUCCUGACUGGCUGCAUCACCUCUUGAUGGGAGGAAGAAUUCUCUUCAAAAAUACAUUGGAACUAUACACUGACUAUUACUUGCAUUAUAAGUUAGAACAGCUAUUUCAGGAGCACCGGUUGGUUUCUCUGAUAACACUGCUGAGAGAUGCUGUGUUCUGUGAGAAUACUGAACCUCGCUCUCUCCAGGAUAAACAGAAGCGAGCAAAGCAGACUUUUGAAGAAAUGAUGAGAUACAUUCCAGAUUUAAUAGGCAAGUGCAUUGGGGAAGAGGCUAAAUACGAAGGCAUCAGGCUUCUGUUUGAUGGAAUGCAGCAACCAGUGCUCAACAAACAGUUAACUUAUGUUCUGCUGGACAUUGGGAUCCAAGAACUCUUUCCAGAGCUGAGUAAGGGUUCGAAGGAAGCUAGUUCUGUGUCAUGUUGGAUGUGAAUGCAGGGACCUUGCUGGACACCCAGUAGAAACACCUGCUGUGCACUGUUGGAAUGGACAUGUGACAUUUUAACCUUGCAUUGUAUAUUUUCUUGUAAAUAGCAUAAAAUCUAAGUUCUAAAAAAAAAAAUCUCUUUAUGCAAUAAAGACAUUAAAAUUUAAUACCAAUUA